CCAUCCCUCCCCAUCCAGGCCCCAUAAAUAGCAGCAGAGCCGGAGCCGGAGCUGGCGCCAGCGGCUGGAGCAGCAAGGGAGUCCAGGCCGAGAGGCGGAGAGAGGAGCCCCCCACGAGAAGCCAGCAACAUGUCGGAGUCGGAAAUGGGGUGGGUGCCCGAGCCCCCCGCCAUGACGCUGGGGGCCUCCCGGGUGGAGCUGCGGGUGUCCUGCCACGGCCUCCUGGACCGAGACACACUCACCAAGCCACACCCCUGCGUGCUGCUCAAGCUGUUCUCGGACGAGCAAUGGGUGGAGGUGGAACGCACGGAAGUGUUGCGCUCCUGCUCCAGCCCUGUCUUCUCCCGGGUGCUGGCCCUGGAGUACUUCUUUGAAGAGAAGCAGCCGCUGCAGUUCCAUGUGUUUGACGCUGAGGAUGGGGCCACCAGCCCGACAAACGACACCUUCCUGGGCUCCACCGAGUGCACCUUGGGCCAGAUUGUGUCCCAGACCAAGGUCACUAAGCCUUUGCUGCUAAAGAACGGGAAGACGGCAGGCAAGUCCACCAUCACGAUCGUGGCUGAAGAGGUAUCUGGGACCAAUGACUAUGUGCAACUCACCUUCAGAGCCCACAAGCUGGACAACAAGGAUCUGUUCAGCAAAUCUGACCCUUUCAUGGAGAUCUACAAGACCCACAGCGACCAGAGUGAUCAGCUAGUCUGGAGGACCGAGGUGGUGAAGAACAACCUGAACCCCACCUGGGAGCCCUUCCGCCUAUCCCUGCAUUCACUGUGCAGCUGUGACAUGCACCGGCCUCUCAAGUUCUUGGUGUACGACUACGAUUCCAGUGGAAAACAUGACUUCAUCGGUGAAUUCACAAGCACCUUCCAGGAGAUGCAAGAAGGAACAGCAAAGCCUGGACAGGAGAUGCAGUGGGACUGUAUCAACCCCAAGUACCGGGACAAGAAGAAGAAUUACAAGAGCUCAGGGAGUGUGGUGCUGACCCAGUGCACGGUGGAGAAAGUACACACUUUUCUGGACUACAUCAUGGGCGGCUGCCAGAUCAGCUUCACGGUGGCCAUCGACUUCACAGCCUCCAACGGGGACCCGAGGAGCAGCCAGUCCCUGCACUGCCUGAGCCCUCGCCAGCCCAACCACUACCUACAGGCCCUGCGAACUGUAGGGGGCAUCUGUCAGGACUAUGACAGUGAUAAGCGGUUCCCAGCAUUUGGUUUUGGGGCUCGAAUUCCCCCCAACUUCGAGGUGUCCCAUGACUUUGCCAUUAACUUUGACCCAGAAAAUCCUGAAUGUGAAGAGAUUGCCGGGGUCAUCGCCUCCUACCGCCGUUGCCUGCCCCAGAUCCAGCUCUAUGGCCCCACCAACGUGGCCCCCAUCAUCAACCGGGUGGCAGGACCAGCCCAGCGGGAGCAAAGCACCGGCCAAGCCACGAAGUACUCGGUGCUGCUGGUGCUCACCGACGGCGUAGUGAGCGACAUGGCUGAGACCCGCACUGCCAUUGUGCGUGCCUCCCGCCUGCCCAUGUCCAUCAUCAUCGUGGGCGUGGGCAACGCCGAUUUCUCCGACAUGCGGCUGCUGGACGGCGACGAUGGUCCUUUGCGCUGCCCCAAAGGAGUGCCCGCGGCCCGUGACAUCGUCCAGUUCGUGCCCUUCCGGGAUUUCAAGGAUGCCGCACCGUCUGCGCUUGCCAAGUGUGUCCUAGCAGAGGUGCCCCGGCAGGUGGUGGAGUACUAUGCUAGCCAGGGCAUCAGCCCUGGGGCCCCCAGGCCCAGCACACCGGCCACGACCCCUAGUCCUAGCCCGUGACUGCCACCGACCGGACCUACUCACCCUCAGCCUCUCAGUGCCUGUCCUGACCCUUGUGACUCAAGUGACCAGAGCCUCUUCCUCUUGGACCAGCUGUGCUCCCAGGGCCCUAGCUGCGAGGUGAGCCCUGAUCCCCUGCUCCAGGCCCUGCACCGCUCAGCCUUGUGGCCCCCCCCGCCCAGUGACUUUCUUCAGUGACUCCCAACUCUCUGGCCCUAAUAAAAGGAACUGCUCCUAGCA